GGAAGCGAAGCGAAGCGCGCCGCCGGGGAAGUUUGGCCGCUGCGCCGCCCCGUCCGUCGCCACGGCAACCGGCGCGGCCGUCAUGGCGGCGCCCAGCGUGUUCCUGCUGGCCGUGAGCGGCGAGAUCGAGAGCGGAGAGUUCCCGGGAUUCGAUGACCUCUACUGCAAAUUCUCCUUUGUCUACGGCCAGGACUGGGUCCCCACGGCGGGCCUGGAGGAGGGAAUCUCCCAGAUCACCUCCAAGAGCAGCGUCUCGCCCACCACGCUGGUCUGGAACUUCCCCAUCGACAUCACCUUCAAGAGCACCAACCCCUUCGGCUGGCCACAGAUCGUGCUCAGUGUCUACGGGCCGGACUUCUUUGGCCACGAUGUUGUCAGAGGUUACGGAGCCGUGCACGUGCCCUUCGUGCCAGGCAGGCACAAAAGAACCAUUGCCAUGUUCGUCCCAGAGUCCACCUCCAGGCUGCAGCAGCUCACAAGCUGGUUCACGGGGAGACGCCCGGAGUUCACAGACCCCAGGGUGGUGGCACGGGGUGAAGGCCGGGAAGUGACCCGGGUGCGCUCCCAGGGCUUCGUCACCGUCACCUUCAACGUGAUGACCAAAGACCUGCACAAGUUGGGCUACGACGUGGGCCAGGGGCCACAGGGGCUGCACCAGGCCUGAGCUCCUGGGGCCUGCCAGGGAAACUCCAAACAGCACCAGCCUCCAGGGGUUGGGGUUUGGAGUGUCCAACCCCAAACUCCAGCCUUGAGGAUUUGGAGUUUGGAGUGUCCAACCCCAAACACCAACCCAGGAGGAUUUGGAGUGUCCAACCCCAAACACCAACCCAGGAGGAUUUGGAGUGUCCAACCCCAAACACCAACCCAGGAGGAUUUGGAGUGUCCAACCCCAAACACCAACCCAGGAGGAUUUGGAGUUU